AUAACAAGUUUUCUUUUAUAGAAAUCCGUAAGAGAGAUCGCAAGGCUGUGGCUGUGUGAUCGCGCUCUCCCUGUGGACUGUGGAGAUCGGGGCGGCGAUGAUGAACAGCAGUUCAUCCCAGCACCAACCUUUAGGAGUUAGCAACUUGUUCUCAGGAUUUACUCGAUUAUGCAAAGGUCUCUCUGUGAUACUUGUUGGAGGUUAUGUUCUACUGCAGAUUUUCCCCUCAGCUGCCACAUAUCUUGCUCUUAUCCCUGCUAGGACAAUUCCCUUUGUGUGGAACCUUAUCACCUCUGGCUACUUCGAACAAUCACUUCUUGGGGUAGCAAUUAGCACAAUUGGUCUUCUCUUUGUCGGGAAGCUGCUGGAACCAUUGUGGGGUUCAAAAGAAUUCUUGAAGUUCAUUUUUGUUGUGAACUUUUUGACUUCAAUUUGUGUCUUUGUUACUGCUAUUGCAUUGUACUACAUAAAAAGGGAGGAAAGUUACCUUUAUACACCCAUUUCUGGCUUUCAUGGGGUUCUUUCAGGGUUCUUGGUUGGCAUUAAACAAAUUAUGCCAGAUCAGGAGCUCAGUCUAUUCUUCAUAAUCAAGAUCAGGGCAAUGUGGCUGCCAUUGAUUGUUGUGUUGAUCUCAAUAGCUGCCAGUUUCUUUACGACUGAUUCAGUGCCUCAUGUCCCAAUUAUAUUAUUUGGAAUUUAUAUGAGUUGGAUCUACCUGCGGUAUUUCCAAAGGAAGCCAGAAACAAACCUGAAGGGAGAUCCAAGUGAUGAGUUCUCAUUCUCCAGCUUCUUCCCUGAAUUUUUAAGGCCUGUUUUGGAACCUAUUGCUUCUUUAUUUGAUCGCUUGUUGUGCGGGAGAUCUGAGGCAUCUGGAGAACCAAGGGGUCAGACAUUGGGUGGAGCACCAUUACCCGGUUCAGAUCCAAUUGAGGCAUCAAGGAGAAGGCAGCGGGGUGCAAGAGCACUGGAAGAGAGAUUAGCAGCUGAGAAGUUAUCUGCAUCAGGAGAAAGCGGUGAAGAAAUGCCUUUGGAAAGUGUUUAAAAUUUUAUUUGCAGUCGCUUUCGGUUGCCUACCUUGAGGUUUUUUUGUUUUGGGUUUAUUGAGUCUUCCAAAUGUAAUUGCACAUCAUAAUAUGCCCUUUCUCUUUAUUUUUUA